AUUCGACAGUCGAUUUUUGUUUUGAAUAUUCUGUGAAUUUCUUUAAUUAAACAAGCUAGAUCACAAUGACUACACUUGAAGAAGUAUUUAAACUAUUAGCCAUUGUUCAAUCUACAGAAACACAAAAGGAAGCAUUUGAUAAGCUUAAUGGUCAGUUACAGGAAGAAGAAAUCAUCAAUUCUCUAAAAGAUGUCAACUGUAUCUACUCAAAAGAGCCAUUUUCAUGGAGAUUUGCUUGCUAUUUAUUCUAUUUGAUUAAUGAAAUCAUUGAAAAUUUCGAAAAAGUUCCACUGGAUUUUAGUCAAGUUGAUUUAUUAAUAGAAGCUAUCCACAAAUGUGAAAUCAAUGCACUGGAACUUUGUGUAAAGAAACAGAAGAACAGAACGACGUAUGAUACAACAAAUCUAAAUGACAGCGAAUAUGAGAAAUUAAUCAGCUGCCUUCGGAUGUUCCACAAAUUCUUCUCAAUUAAGCUUAUAGCCACAAAUCCAUUAUUCCAUGACUCUCAGAUUGACUACCUUGUUGGUGUUCUAUCAGUAAUUGCUAUGAAGAAAUCAGAAGAAGACGUAAAUGAAGCUAAUAAAAUGCUGAUCCAGUUACAAACGUUUAUUGGAACCGAGCAGUUCCUUCAAUUCAUUAUGAUGGUUCGAGGAUUUCAAGGAUUAUCAAUAGACUUCCAAAUCCAGUCACAAACUCGUUUAUUGCAAUUAAUUCGUUCUGAAAAUGGGUUUUAUAUGCUUUGCAAAAUGUUUUUAAGGAAGAAGUCUGAUGAUUCACAGACGUGGCAGAAGUACAACGUUAUAGCUGGGAUUAUGAUGAAAGCUAUGAGGUAUAAGAAUUUCUAUGAAAAAAUGGUCAAUGAGAUAUUCAGGACAUUAAAAAAGUGCAUUACCAGCAAUGAAAAUGAGAUUGUCGCUGCUUGUGUUUAUGUUUUGAAGGAGUUGUACGGCAAGAAGAUAACAGAACUGGAUGAACAUCUAAAUAAGUGGAUCUUUGGUCCAUUAGCUGAUUUAAUAAGCCCUCAAAUUCUCCUUUGUGGAUCAAUUGUUAUGGAAUAUGACGAUAUUAAAGGGUAUGUUCGUAUGCUGGAUGUUCUGUUCUCUACAUCAACAAUUGUGGCACUUCCAUCAAAAAUUCUGCAUAGCCACAUCGUCGUUUUAUUCAAUUUACAUUCAACAUUACCCGAUGUGCCUGAAAAAGAGAAAUUAGCAUCAAUUGUCCUGUUUAUCCUUAAUAACUACGACAGGAAGGAACUUCAGCUAGCUAUAAGAAACUUAAGACUCAAAGACGAUCCAAAAGUUCUUAAAAUGCAUCCAAGAAUCGUCUACAAAAACAAUGCCUUACAAAUCGGCGAGGAAACAGCAACUUUAGUCGAUGACACUCAAUCCUUCAUCCAGCUACUCAAAAACUCCAAUAAUAGCUUGCUGAUCUACGAAAUUUUCAUUGCCUUUAUUAAUUUAUUAAGUGACGUCCAAAAUGCUGGAAAUUCAAUAAUCACAGGAUAUGAUUUAGAUGAGGAUGAACUUACGGAUGUGCUUCAUACUAAAUUUUAUAAGCAAUUGGCUAUAAUUGAACCACUUCAGGAUAUGAUUCAAUGGAAGUUACUCCAUUCGCAGCUAAAUGAGAAGCCUAAAGAGAUUCUUGAGGCUGUUAAGGAUGUCUUGGUCCAUGCAAACAGCGAGGAUGAACAAAUUGUGAUAAUUUUCUUCUCAAUCUAUAAGGAACUGCUUUAUAAAUUGAGGGAUGAUAAGGAACGGCAACGAAUGAGGAACGACAUUCUAAAGCUUAAAGAAAAGUUCAAGAAGCCACAACUUAAGGAACAAAUUGACAUAAUAUUCAGCAAAAAUGAGGAAGUGCCAAGCAUUGAUCCAUCAGAAUUCACAUUUAGUAACGCGAUGAUGCUGCUGAAGUCAAAGGAAGUUUACUGCAAAGUUUAUGGAUGUGAUAAUUUGAUUAAAAUGCUGAAGAAAAGAGACAAACAGGCUGUGGCAAAUCGACAUACAAUUUUAGCUGUUGCCAUGCAGAAUAUGAAGGAAGUUGAGAGUUAUGCUUACUUGAAUGUUAUUAAACUGCUUGUUGCUCUUUCGUACGUUCUCGACACUGAAGUUGUUGAUGCCUUAAUUGCUGAAUAUCAAAAUAAAGAACUAGAAGUUGAUGAAAGGCUGAAAUAUGGCGAAGUUGUCCUUAAAGUCACUGAGGAUCUUGGCGAAAUGUCUGUGAAGUUUAAGCAGCAACUCAUCAAUUGCUUCCUUAUUGGAAGUAGAGACUCGAAUAAUGAAUUUAGGACAUCAAGUUUGGCGAAUUUAGGAACAAUUUGUAAAGUUUUAAGCUAUCAAGUCCACAGUUUUUUCAACGAAAUGUAUCAGCAAUUGGAAGUGAUUAUUAAGUCUGAUCCGUACCUUCCAUCAAAACGAGCAGCUUCAAUGGUUCUUUCACAAAUUCUCGCCGGAAUGCCAAAUUUGAUGGAGUUUCAAGAUUAUUUGCUGCCAAUUUAUCAUUUAUUGAAAGACAUUCUAGCUAAUGAGGAAGAUCAGCAGACGAAAUUGCAUGCACAAAUCGGACUUGAGCACUUGAAUGAAAAAACAAAGGACUUUUUGAAUCCUAAAUUGAAUGCUCAAAAGCAAAUUAAAAUUAGAAUCGGCGAUGACAAUCCAAAUAAGUUGAAUGAAAUUAAAUAUAAGUAAGUGGAGAUGUAUUUUUGGGGUUUAUAAGAAAUUUAUUUGAAAUAAAGCUAAAUUUAGGUUUCAAA